AUGUUAUUGUCUAAUGAUGGCGAAACUCAAGAGUUUGCUACUAGCGAAGAAAGCAGUAACAAUAUAUUGUCGAAAGACUCUGCUUUAUAUGCAAUAUUAAAAAAAUCUCUUUUCGCUUCAGCGCCUUCCAUUGUUCCCUGUCAUCGUGACAAUCCCGACUUAAAUAAUUGUAUAAUCAAGGCAGUUGAAGAUCUGAGACCUUUACUGGCAACAGGAGAACUUGGUGAAGGAUACCGAUCACCGCCGUUGGAACCUUUGUAUUUGGAUAAUAUUGAAUUGGGUCGUGGUAGACAAUUCGAGGCGGUGUUCAGUGAAAUGGUCGUUAAGGGCGGAAGUAAUUUCAUUAUUAACAAAUUAUCAGCUAAUGCAUCAAAUUUGUCUUUCGAUUUGGUGCUGACAUUGCCAAGGUUAGAUUUCACUGGUAAAUAUUUCAUGAAACUGAACAUCCUUUUGUUGGACAUACAGGGUAGAGGUAAUAUGCGAGGAUAUUGUGAAAAUGCCAAGGCAUUGGUUAAGAUUCGCGGUGUCCGUGUUCCCAUGCCCGAUGGCUUGGAAUAUGUCCGUUUCACCCGUUUGCCGCUGAAAAUCAACAUCGAUGUCUUCAAACUACAUUUGGAUAAUUUAUUUAAUGGUGAUCGCAUUCUGGGUGAUGUUGGCAACACUAUUAUCAAUGACAAUCAAGAUUUGUAUUUGUCAGAGAUUAUACCUGGCCUGGAGCGAGGGUUAUCGAAAAAAUUCCUCGACAUUGCCAAUAUGAUGAUGGCCAAUACAACAUUUGAUGAAAUGUUUCCUUUGUAG